ACUCACAAUCCUCUCUCUUAAAGCGAUCUUCUUCAUUUAUUCUCUUCCACUUACGCUCACAGUGCUCUUUCUCUCCCUCAAAUUAUUCAGCUUCAUUCCUUAAUCUAUCUAUGGCAGCAGCAGCAACAACAACAUCAACAGAGGGAGAAGCAUCCACAGAACCCCUCAAAUACAAGACGUGGGUCUUGAAAGUCUCCGUCCACUGCCAAGGCUGCAAAAGAAAAGUCAAAAAAAUACUUCACAACAUUGAAGGUGUUUAUACUGAAAAUAUCGAUAUCAAGCAACAAAAAGUUACGGUAAUUGGUAACGUGGAAUCAGAUGUUUUGAUCAAGAAAUUGAUAAAGUCCGGUAAACAUGCCGAGCUAUGGCCGGUAAAGGUUGAUAAAAAAGAGAAAGAAGCAAAGAAUAAAAAAGAGAAACAAGAACAAGAAAGCAGUAGUGAAGAAGAUGAUGAAGAGGGUGAUAGUGAUAGCGGAUCGAAGGACCCCAAAUCGGAGGUGAAAAAACCGGAUACCGGACAGGCGGGUAAUCAAGCUCCGGCGGGGGCGGGUGGUGGCGGUAAGAAGAAGAAGAAGAAGAAAAAGAAAAAGAAAGUGCAAUUUGGUAAUACCACGGCUGUCGAGGGUGCACCAUUAGCUGGUGCACAUGCAGGCACAGGAUUACCUACUCAUAAUCAUGGCCCACAUCCUGGUGCGCUUCCGGUUGAUCACAGCCCUCCGCGCCAGUGUGGGUAUUACUGUCCAUCACAUUACUAUGUAGCACCUCCUGUAUACACUACUGCAAGUUACAAUACGGCGUAUCCUACUACCAUCUAUACAGCAUCGUACCAGACCUCUCAAAUACCGUAUAGAUACGCGUACUCGGAUCCAAUGUAUCCACCGUCUGAUUUGGGCUCAAAUUCAGGGCAGCCGUCGGAUUCUCUUGAGGUUUUUAGUGAUGAAAAUCCAAAUGGGUGCUCCAUCGUGUGAUGUUAAAAGCUAAUUGGUUUUAGUAUGUGUGUGUGUGUGUGUGUGUGUAAGGUUUACUUUUGUAAUGGACGUAUUUUUGAUCGAUUAGGAAUGAAAUAUUACUAACAA